CCGGAGUCCAAUCAGAGAAGGCACCGCAUCUGCGCACUACGUUUUUCCAACAGAACGGCAAUAUCGCGGCCUGACAGCUGCGACCUUGGACGGCUCCCUUGUAGGUCAAACUUCAGCAGAAUUCCCACAUAUUGCAGUCGCAGCAAGGCGGCAGCUUAAGAACGAGUACACAAUUAUCCGCAGAGUGAUCAACGCAGCUAAAAUGGGCGGCAAGUACAAGAUCGUGAUGGUGCGCCACGGCGAGUCCGAGUGGAACCAGAAGAAUCAGUUCUGCGGCUGGUACGACGCCAACCUCAGCGAAAAGGGUCAGGAGGAGGCCCUAGCCGCCGGCAAGGCCGUCAAGGAUGCCGGCCUGGAGUUCGAUGUGGCCCACACCUCGGUGCUGACCCGCGCCCAGGUGACGCUGGCCAGCAUCCUGAAGGCCAGUGGCCACAAGGAGAUCCCCAUCCAGAAGACUUGGCGCCUGAACGAGCGCCACUACGGUGGACUCACUGGCCUGAACAAGGCCGAGACCGCCGCCAAGUACGGCGAGGCCCAGGUGCAGAUCUGGCGUCGCAGCUUCGACACCCCGCCACCACCGAUGGAGCCGGGCCAUCCGUACUACGAGAACAUCGUCAAGGAUCCCCGCUACGCCGAGGGUCCCAAGCCCGAGGAGUUCCCCCAGUUCGAGUCCCUCAAGCUGACCAUCGAACGCACACUGCCCUACUGGAACGACGUCAUCAUUCCCCAGAUGAAGGAGGGCAAGCGCAUCCUGAUCGCUGCCCACGGCAACAGCCUCCGUGGCAUCGUCAAGCAUUUAGACAACCUUUCUGAGGACGCCAUCAUGGCCCUAAAUCUGCCCACGGGCAUUCCGUUCGUCUACGAGCUGGACGAGAACUUCAAGCCGGUGGUGUCCAUGCAGUUCCUCGGCGACGAGGAGACCGUGAAGAAGGCCAUCGAGGCUGUGGCCGCCCAGGGCAAGGCCAAGUAAGCACGCAGGCCACACCUCAUGAGAAUCCACUCAAAUACGGCACAAGUCAGAGCAUUCUGAUUACGCUUCUGUUCAAGAUGUAGCCAAUCCCAUUCGUUGUUGUUGUUCGCGUAGCAGUAAUUGGUUCAUCCCCACUACAGUUAAUAAAUAAUUUAUUAUUACACUC